CAAAAAGCAAUACAGGGGUAAAUUUUUUUCUUGUUGCUAGAAAUAUUCUCUUGGAUCAUUAAUCUCGCGGCUCUUUAAUUGAGUGUCUUCUAAACCAGGUUGCUGUCUGGACUGAGGGUUCUUUGUUUGCAGUGACAGCUGAUCGUGUGCCUUCACCGGUUGUGACCGCCGAAUUGGAUAACAGACCUCGAGCUGCUUGAGCAUUUCUCUCCCCCGGCAUUGUUUUGCGCUACUUAUAUAUAUCGAGUCUGUUACUAUAGACAUAAAGCAAAUACCGCCAGAAGAAUAUGUGUCGUUUCUUAGUAUACAAGGGCAGCCAUGAGAUCCGCCUCAGCAAGCUCAUCACAGAGCCCAGCCAUUCAAUCUUAACACAGUCAUAUGACUCCCGUUUGAGACUUGACAACCGCCGCCCCGUGAACGGCGACGGCUUCGGCGUAGGCUUCUACACCGACCCAAAACUCGGCCCAGAGCCGUGCAUAUUCACAUCAACCCUUCCUGCAUGGAACUGCGAGAACCUCGAGCGUCUCGCUACAAAGACAUGCUCGGAUCUCAUCUUCGCGCACGUGCGCGCAACAACUGAAGGAACCCUCUCCGACACAAACUGCCACCCGUUCCAGCACAACACCCUCAUGUGGAUGCACAAUGGCGGCAUCGGCGGCUGGCACUACAUCAAGCGCGCCCUCGCUGACUCACUAGCCGACAAGUGGUAUCUCGGCGUGAAGGGCGGGACGGACAGCGAGUGGGCCUUUGCGCUGUAUUUGGACCUCCUUGCGAAGGAAGGCGUUGAUCCGAGUUGUGAUCCUGGCCCUGAGGGAUUCGGGCAAGCAUUGCUGCGCCGGGUGAUGGUGAAAACGAUAGCGAAGAUUAAUGAGUUUAUACGGGACAUUCCGAACAGACAUAAUGUGCCAGAGGGGUUGGAGACGCGCAGUCUGUUGAAUUUUGCGGUUACGGAUGGCCAUACCGUUGUUUGUACGCGGUAUAUUAGUAGCAAGACGGACGAGCCAGCGAGUUUGUAUUUCUCGUCUGGGACGAAGUGGAAGGAGGGCAAGGUGAAAGGCCAUUUUAAGAUGGAGAGGCAUGAUAAGGGGGCCGAUAUUGUGUUGGUUGCCAGUGAACCGAUUACAUUUGAAAGACAUAACUGGGUCUCUGUCCCAGCCAAUUCAAUCGUCACCAUCCACAAGCAAACAGUCCUUCUGCAUCCAAUCCUGGACGAGUUCUACAGCGAAGACUUGAACCACGACCGUUCAUCUUGUUACGCCGUUUCAAAGGGUCUUGUUAGCACAGCGCCAGGGACUACUGUGCAGCCGCAAGGUGCUGAUGCAGUUGCCACACCUGACAUAAGGGUUAGCGCCCCGGGGCUUGAGCCGGAGGCUAAUGGGGGGAUGCCGAAGAGUCAGCUCGAGGCAGCGAACCAGUGUGCGCUGUCGCAUUAAUAGACAGACUAUAUGUGCGUUUUGGCAGUAUUGGCGGGAAUAUGGAGUAAUGGGCGUUGGGGUUGGGAUAAUUAGCGCUUAAGGCU